UGAAGAAAACAUCAUUGAUGACCAAAUGAGCUAUCAUCCGGACCGAUUAAUGAUAUAUUUUCAUUGUUGAAUAGUCAAUCAAAUGGGAUAUUCUCUUCUUUAUAUGCUUGACUGCUAAGCUAAGCACGAAAUAUUCUUCUAUGUAUGUGUGAAAGAUUUGCGUAGGAAGCACUAGAGCAAAGUGAAAGAGAUCGAUCAGUUGAGAUGAAGAAAGCAGAGCUAGUGUUCAUCCCUGCACCAGGAGCCGGCCACCUUGUGUCAGCCUUGCAAUUCGGAAAGCGUCUGCUUCAGCGAGAUGAUCGAAUUUCAAUCACAGUUCUUGCCAUCAAAUCAGCAGCCCCUUCAUCUUUAGGUUCAUACACAGAAGCCCUUGUUGCUUCCGAGUCCCGUCUCCAACUCAUCGACGUCCCUCAAGCUGAGCUCCCUCCAUUAGAGUUUGCAAAGUCACCAGCUAAGUUUUUCAUUCUAAACAUUGAGAACCAUGUUCCUAAUGUCAGAGAGGCCCUCACUAACUAUGUCUCGUCUAAGCAAGACUCGGUUUCAAUUGUUGGAGUGGUUCUUGAUUUCUUCUGUGUCUCCAUGAUUCAUGUGGUCAAUGAAUUCAAUCUCCCUUCUUAUCUAUUCAUGACAAGCAAUGCAGGGUAUCUUUCUUUUGAGUUCCACUUUCCGGCGCAGGAUAGCCGGACCGGUCGGCCGCCUAAAGACUCCGAUCCUGAUUGGUUAGUCCCCGGUAUUGUCCCCCCUGUUCCUACUAAAGUUUUGCCUGUGUCUUUAACUGAUGGUAGCUACUAUAAUUAUCUUGGGGUUGCUUCGAGAUUUAGAGAGGCCAAAGGUAUCAUAGCAAAUACAUGUGUUGAGCUAGAGACACAUGCAUUCAACUCUUUUGCUGAAGAUCAAACUACGCCUCCGGUGUACCCAGUUGGACCGGUGCUUGAUCUCAACGAUGGUCAGGCUCGGUCCAAUUUAAACCAGGCGCAGCGUGACAAGAUCAUUAGCUGGCUUGAUGAUCAGCCUGAAGAGUCUGUUGUGUUCUUAUGCUUUGGAAGCAUGGGGAGCUUUACUGAAGCACAAGUGAAGGAGAUAGCUCUGGGGCUUGAGCAGAGUGGGCAGAGGUUCUUGUGGUCUUUGCGUUUGACACCACCAAAGGGGAGUAAAAGUUUGACUCCUGUGGACUGCUCGAACCUUGAGGAAGUAUUGCCGGAUGGAUUCUUGGAGAGGACUAGAGAAAAGGGACUGAUAUGCGGGUGGGCGCCGCAGGUGGACGUCUUGUCACACAAGGCAACCGGAGGCUUUGUGUCGCAUUGUGGGUGGAACUCGAUCUUGGAGAGCUUGUGGCAUGGCGUGCCGAUUGUGACAUGGCCUAUGUAUGCCGAGCAACAGCUGAAUGCGUUUCGAUUGGUGAAGGAGAUGGGGUUGGGAUUGGAGAUGAGGUUGGAUUACAAGCGAGGUGGUGAUGAGGUUGUGAAGGCAGAUGAGAUUGGGAAGGCUGUAGCUAGUGUGAUGGAGAACAGUGAGGUGAGGAAGAAAGUGAAAGAAAUUGGGGUGGUGUGCAGAAAAGCUGUAGAGGAUGGAGGGUCUUCUUCUGUUUCACUAGGAAGGUUCAUUGAAGAUGUGUUGAGGAAUCAUUUUGGUUCUGAGUAAGGUUACUGCUUAGGUUGAAAAACUGAAACCAUGUGCUAUUUCUGAUUUUGUCAUCAUGUUAUUAUCUUGUUUAGAACUAGAUAUCAUUUUCAUAUCGUUCGAUUUUAGUUGCAAAAUUGGGUUUCCUUGAACGUUUCUAAUUUACACCACACCAACAUUCUGUGAUUCACUCCAAUUUCUAUAUUUUU